AGCAUGCCGGGACUAAUAUCUGACUGCGUCAAUGGCGGGGUCUACUUCUGAGAACAUAAAUUGAUCACGAAUGAAACUUAAUACCAUGAUUGAGAGAAUCUGCAACCUCAGUACUGUCCAUGAUCAUGUAUUUUGUAAAAAGGUUUCUGUUUCUCUUUAUACACACGUUGCUUCAAUUCCUUCUUCUCCGGUGUGGCACUUCAUUGGACACCAUAACUGUCAGUCAACCUGUUACAGAUGGUGAUGUUUUGGUGUCCCACGGAAAGACCUUUGCGCUUGGUUUCUUUAGUCCCGGCAAGUCCACCCACCGCUACGUUGGAAUUUGGUAUUACAGUGCUCCGGGACAGGCCAAGGUGUGGGUAGCAAACAGAGACAAUCCUAUUAUUAACAGGUCUGGAGUUCUCUCAAUCGAUGUUCAUGGAAACCUAGUACUCAGUGUCAAAGAUCAGAGCCAACACAUCUGGUCCACAGAUAUUGUUUCAAAAUCAAAGAACAAUAUUAGUACCAUCGCUCAGCUCUUGGAUUCAGGAAAUCUAAUCUUGACACAUGAUGAUGAAAGAAAGAUGGCACUAUGGCAAAGCUUUGACUAUCCAACGGAUACCUCGCUUCCAAACACGAAACUUGGGCUGGACCGAAGAACUGGCCUGAACCGGGUCCUAACAUCUUGGAAGUCCCAAGAUGACCCUGGAACUGGAAACUGGUCGUAUAAGAUAGACAGCAAUGGCUCCCCUCAGUUAUUCUUGUACAAGGGUAAGGUUCCAUGGUGGCGUUCUGGUCAUUGGAAUGGCGAAGGAUGGAGUGGAAUCCCGACAUUGCAGCGUAAUAGGCUCUUCAAUAUCAGUUUUGUGGACAACGAGAACGAGAUUACAACUAUUUCGGGUGUCCUUUACCCAACACUGCUGUCAACAUUAGUGGUAAACGAGUCUGGUUUAGUCCAACGGUCUGUGUACACGGAGGGAGACAGUAAUUGGCUUAUGCUUGGUGCGGCACCUUUUGACCAGUGUGACAUUUACGGAAAGUGUGGUGCUUUUGGGAAAUGCAAUGAGCUGGUUGGUAGUGGGUUCGAGUGCAGCUGUUUGCCGGGGUUGCAGAGAAAUGCAUCAGGCGGGUGCGCGAGGAAGCGUGGGCGGCAUCCAUGUGCGGGAGCGGCGAAGGAAGCAAUUAUGCCUGCAGAAUUGUUCUUGCACGGCCUAUGCAAGUGUGGAUGCGCGCGAGGAAUCGGGGGCUGCAUGAACUGGAAUGGUAAUCUGAUUGAUACAAGAGUGUAUGUGGAUGGGGGCCAAAAUUUGUAUGUACGUGUGGAUGCGGUUGAGUUAGGUAUUGAUCAUUCAGGGAAACCAGCAGCAGGGUUCUUUGCUAGUAAGAAAAGGCUGGCAAUCACGGUGGUGGCCAUGCUUGUUACUUCAUUUCUCAUUUUUUUCUUUGUGCUUUUGGUAAUAAAGAGAAAGAGAAAGAGAAAAGGGAGCGCCAGCCAAUCCAUGUUGUUCAACGAUGCCAAUUCGAUACCCUUUCAAGAUUCUCCAAAACUUGAUGAAAGAAGAGGAAAAUCAGAUUUACCAUUUUUUGAACUAAGCACCGUUGUUGCUGCCACAGACAACUUCUCCCCUGCUAAUAGGCUUGGACAAGGUGGUUUUGGCCCAGUCUACAAGGGUCAGCUAACCAAUGGACAGGAAAUAGCCGUAAAAACACUCUCAAAAAGUUCAAGACAGGGCACAGAAGAAUUUAAGAACGAAGUUAUGCUAAUAGCAAAACUGCAGCAUAGGAAUCUUGUUAGGCUUUUUGGUUGUAGUAUUCAUAAAGAAGAGAGGAUGUUGAUCUAUGAAUACAUGCCAAACAAAAGCCUAGACUUUUUCAUCUUUGACGAAAUAAAAAGACAACUUUUGGACUGGAGGAAGCGAUUUGAAAUUAUUGUAGGAAUUGCUAGAGGAGUAUUAUAUCUUCACCAAGAUUCAAGACUGAAGAUCAUCCAUAGGGAUCUAAAAGCAAGCAAUGUACUACUAGAUGCAGCAAUGACCCCAAAAAUUUCAGAUUUUGGUCUUGCUAGAAUGUUUGGGGAUGACCAAAUUGAAGCAAAUACAAAUAGACCUGUUGGCACAUAUGGAUACAUGUCACCAGAGUAUGCAAUGGAAGGAUUAUAUUCUACAAAAUCAGAUGUCUUCAGCUACGGUGUCUUAGCACUAGAGAUAAUCAGUGGCAAGAGAAAUAACCAUUUUUAUGUUGGAAGCCCUUGCCUAAACUUGAUUGGACAUGCAUGGGACCUUUGGAAAGAAGGCAAAGCCCUGGAUAUGGUCGAUUCUUCACUGGGUGAUGAGGCAUCAUAUCCUGCUUAUGAAGUUUUGAGAUGUAUUCAAAUUGGGCUUUUAUGCGUGCAAGAACAAGCUGCGGAUCGACCAACCAUGCUAGAAGUUGUGUUCAUGCUGGGAAAUGAAGCAAAUGUUCCUUCUCCCAACAAGCCUGCAUUUAUCAAUAGAAGAAUUAUAGAUUCUGAUCAGGAUCCCUCAAGUUCUGCUGGAGCACCUGCUUCUCAAAACGACAUUACCAUUUCUGAGCUUGAAGCUCGAUGAAUGGCUACUACCUCUCAUCAAUUAAACUCUACUAAUUUAAAUCCUGGCUUUCGAAAUAUGGGAAAUGUUCUUAUUGUUUUUCAUCCACAGAUUUUAAGAUGUCGUACUUUAAAUGAUCUAUAAAUGUAAAUCUUAAGUAAUGUUUUAUUUUA